UACAUACACAGAAACAGAGGUCAUAUAUAGUCCCAUAGCUACACAUAGAAACACAUGCUACACGUCAACCACAGUGUAUAAAGAUGCCACCAGGUGACGUGAAGAGUGACAUGGAGCGUGUGGGUGUCUUUAAAGAGAUGAGCUACAUCUCUGUAGGAGACAAGUAUGCUCCACCCAUCAACCGUCCGUUCAAUGAGUCGGCCUAUCGUAGCAAGCAGAUGCAGGCGGGUAUCGCUAAGCAACGAUGUGCUCUGCAGAACGGCUUCUUCGACAAGUCCUUCAAACGGAUAUUUGAACGUGAAGCACUGAGCGACCCGCUGAAACUGGCCCGACAGAACCGCAUCCAGCAGGCCAAUAAGAACCUGGCCAAGGCCUUCCUGCCCUGUAACGGGGUCAAGAGGCCCUGCGGUUCAGGUAGUUACUAUGGGACUCUGUCAGGACCAGUUGAAGCCAUGAGUCCAAUGUCAGUCCCCCGGACAGCCCAUCGUUCUCCUGGACGCAACAUUGUCACCUCACCUCCCAAGAAAGGCAGUGGUUACAGCUAUCCCAAUGUGACACUGUCCAAAAUUGAGCUGUAUGCUUCAGACCCCUACAGCAGAGCCAAAGAAGUACUGGAGAAGGAGGCAGCAAUCCAUCGUUCCAAAGUAAGAGAUGGCCCAUUCCAACUCAACCUUCAUCCCAGAGAUUAUUUCCAAGGCAAUCCGUACCGCAGCGACAAGCCACGCCCACCAUCACACAAGCCCCUCCCAGCUGCACAGAGGGUCUCUGCGGUCCCCUUCAAGCCCUCGUCCCCCAGCAAAAAGAUUGGAGGAAUGAAAGCGGGGACAUUUGACACUUAUCCCUCACAUUCUGCUGAUCCGUACGUCAUUCGCCGUUCCAAACCAACCAAUCCAGAGCCAGUCUUCCGUCCCCCUCCUGGUCCUAAGAGCAUACCUGUCAGGAGUAUCGUCACUAUCCAUGUUAACAGGUUUGAUCCCUGCAUGAGCUUCCCUUUCUCUGUUCUCACACGGAGGGCUUUCAGGAGUGUACACUCUGCAAACUACACUUCAACCAUUCCAACCUUCUGACUACAUUACCCAUACUGCACCAACACUGGCUAUCCUUUUCUCUCCAUAGGAUAUCUUUGUAAUGCUCUGGAUGUCACACACAGUGACAAACAAGAGCUCAAAUAAAGCUGAGAAGAGUUACUUUUGUUUUCCAUUCUGUGACAAGGUGCUUUUAUUAUGAGAUUUUAUGGAAAGGAAGAAUUACUCAUGAUCAGUGCAGCAGUAUGUCUGUGCAAGUUGUUUGCAAUGGUCUUUUGAAAAGAACUGGGUGUUGGUUGUUUGGUCAUCCAGGAUUAAAGAUGUAUUGCUUGUUGGUAUCUGGUGGCUUGGGGCCCUUUUGUGUGGAGUUUGCAUGUUCUCCCCGUGUUAGCGUGGGUUUUCUCUGGGUUCUCCGGCUUCCUCUCACAGUCUAAAGACAUGCAGGAAGUUGCUCUGACUUGUCCUUCAAUUCCUGCUGUAUGUUGAGGUGUAUGAGGUUGGCAAGGGGAAUAACCAGGGAGAAAUGGAGGAAUUUAAAACUGUGGGUCUGUACUGUAAUUGAUGUAAUCCUGUGCUUUCUGCCUUUGCAUCACCAAUCCAACUUGUGAAGUGUGUCUCAUUAUGUUCCCAGCAGUCUGUUAAAACACUCUUGCCAGUAUGUGUAUCACAUUGCCUCUGCAGAUUAACCCAGUAGGCUAUGCCAGCAUGAACUUCUCUUCUCCCAGUUCCACCUGCAUCGCUGAUACUGGAGAUGUUUUCAAUGAGCCACUACAGAUUUUCAGGGUCUGAGCUUGAGGUUUCUUUCUGCUGCUGACAUGUAAGCUUCGCACCCACAGUCAAAGACAGAUCUCAUGAGUGUUUUGAUAAACAAUUUAGGCGAAGUAGUGGAGCAUGUCAUUUUACACUGCCAAAUGUAGACUGCCAGAGAACAAGAACAAAUAAUGCGAAAAUCAGAAAGCAAUUGGAGUGGA